AUGGAAGCUAUGGACGAAGUGAAAAAAUUUAUUGAGACCGCGAAUGUGGCGGUUGAUCGUGUGAUUCAGGCAAGUAGUCCAACCCCGGGCUCUGAUAUCUAUAAGUCAGGUUAAGGAUGAAGUGCUCGGAAACUCGGAAAAGUUUGAAUACGACGAGCAAAUGCUGAAAUUGUUUAAGGCAGCAGACAAUACCUACAGACUGUGUGAACGACUGAAGUCCGGAAUCAACGCGUGGCUGAAUCCAAACCAGGGUAAGCCCUUGAUUGUACAGCAUAUUGCGUAGUCUUCAGUUUUAUUUCAUUAGUUGCCUCCUUUAAAUUUGGACAAACUUACUCUUAUUUGACAUGUUAUGUCCAGUUGCGUUUUCGAACUGAAGGUCAUUUCUAUAGCGUGAUUUUUGUUUCUAUAUACCACUACAGCACUCUUCAGAACGCUUAUAACUUCUAAAUUUUUAAAAGGCCCUUUAACAUGAUUUAUCACUUUGUCAUUUCUUUAAACUAUAUGGAGUCUAAGGGUGUGAAAUUGAUUCUUUCUCAGUUGAGCGGCUUCAGGAUAAACUGACCGAGAAGUUUCUAAGCGCCAAAACCUCCAGGCUGACUUCCUCGGGUCAGCUGGCCAACGACGAAUUGGAAAUCGUUCAGGAACUGUGUGAGGACAGCGGACUCGGUAAGACAUCCCGCAGUGCAUGUUUUAAGUUUGUAUGUGAGGCAUCACCCUUCUGGGUUUUAAGGAUCGUGUGUCUCUGCUAUGUCAUGAUUCAGCAAAUCAUGGUCCUCGCAGCCUGGUGUGUGUGUUCUGGCACCCGGUCCUUCCGGUAGACGCGCUUGCGCUUCUGCUGGGUAUACGGGUUUCUCAGUCAUCCUCCUCUUUCUAACCCGUUUGUUUUGCCGUUGGUUAAGAUCCUGGUAAAGUGUUUGUUGUGGUCCAAGGGGUGUCUGUCCGUUCACGCCAUCCACCUACGCCCUCCCGCACAUCCGGUCUUCCUGACUGUGUCUUGACACCAACUCCCGGUGGGGAGGAGGAGGAGGGAGUGAGGUAGAUUCUGCGCAAGUCCACUCUCAGUAGAAACUACUUCACGCGCCAGUCAUCGUGACUGCUUCACCUUGUUGUGGAGCACAUGGGAGACAUCGUUGGGCACGACUGUCGAACCGUCGUACAUGGUUAGAACUGUGUGUAUAUGGUUAACUUAAAGUUUGUUUGAGUCUGCUAUGCCAUGAUUCAGUAAACCAUGACCCUCGCAGCUUGGUGCGUGUUCUGGCAGUCCCCUGACACCUGGUUUCCUGCCGGUAAAUGCGCCUGUGAUCCCGCUGGGUAUACAGGCGGUGGACAUGGCUGCCCAGCCAGCCUGGUGUUGUUGGUUAAAAUCCUGGUUAAUUGCUUGUGUGAGCCAAGGGGUGCGAUGGUACGCUUAGUUGCGGGUCCGGCUGUGCCAGCUACCUGCGCCCUCCCCCACCUCUGGUCUUCUUGACUAUGUCUUGACACUGAAUCCAGGUGGGGGAGGAGGAGAGAGUGCGGUAGGUGCUGUGCAAGUCUACCUCCACUAUAAACAAAUUCACGCACAAGUCACCGUGUCUGCUAUAAUUUCGCUGUGGAGCACACGGUGGACAUCAUCGCAAAGACGGUCGAACUGUCAUGUAGUGCACCGUUUAGACAGUAAUUGCCCUACCUAAGAUAGAAGCAGGUAGUAUGUUAACAAAAAAUCUCGUAGCACUCAGCGCCUAUAUCGCGUCGUCACUGCACAGGUUCUUGUCCACAAUAAUUUCUAAACGAUCGAGAUUCAAUCUCCGUCGCUGGUGAAGAAAAUGGAUCGGACCGCACAGAUCCGUUGCAGCAGAUUGUCAUGCGUCGCGAGGAAAAAUUCGCGACAUCAUUGAGGCCGACUGGAUAAGGCAUGAUCGCAGUCCUUCCGGGUAUAAGUACUAGAAGUAAAAAUCUAUUCGCUGUCUUGUGACUGCUGGCCGUAAUCCGACAAAGAAAACUACUAUUCCAUGAAUUCCUAAAAAUCCAUCCGAGAAUCAGUUUAUGCGCCACAUAUACAGCGUAACCCAGAGGUGGACGAAGGAAAAAGCUGUGAUUUUCAAAUAAAGGUAGUCACAAUUAAAAUUCAUUUAACUGUCCAAGAAUAGAGCGCUAUGCGUAGCACGGAGGGAAAAUUUUGCCAAACGGCAUUGAUCAGAAAUGUCUUUGGCGUCUCAUGUAGCCUGCGCAAACGCACGUGACUACUCGACAGUCAACAAAUCGCUCUGCGCAUUUUCACGCGACCCUUUUUUUGCCGCAGCCUAUCUGACUCUUUUCUGUUUAGAGCUUAGACAGCAACCUUGGCGUGUAGAUCGAAUUCUGCUGUUCACGAAGCUCUCUCACUCAAGACGUCCUGUUCCUUUGAUUUAGAAACAAAUCAGUUUUGACAGUGUACUUCUUAUCGGAGGGGUAGUGUUAUGACUUGCUAUUCAUUGGCUUAGCUCAGAACAAAAUGCAUACUCUCACAUCGGCAUAUCUAACGGCAGCUUUUUGUGGUUCCUACUUAGCGGGGCAGUGGAUUUGUAACGACACUGCAGCAGGUGGUACGAGUCACCUGAAACAGCAUAAAAUAAAUCAUUUCGCCGAUGUUUUUAAUUUCACCACCUGGAGGUGGGCAGACUUGGACAGAUCACUGAUGUGUCAAAGGAGGAAGCGAGAAAGCGCGGAAACAAGACAGAUUCGGCUAGGUUCCCCUGCUGUGGAUAACAAACGUCCUGAACAUAGUUUACUUUCAUCAUAAUGGGCAAGCGAUGAAGACCAACAUUGUCCCGAAAGAUUGCGCAUGCAGUAGUUUAAAAUGAAAAAAACGUAAAUAGCAUCUAUACUCAGUGACCGCUCUCAUGAAAAGUUAACCAGAAUUCCGAGAUGUGUUUUCGAUUAGGAAGAAAUGCCUAAGUGGGGCAGUAAUAAUGGCUAUCUUAUGGCGCAGACUCGUAAUAUUUCAGACUCACCAGGAUGUGUGCUUUUAAAUAAGCCUAUUUUCAACCGUCUCCAAAAACUGCACUCAGCACAAGUGACUACAUAGGUAGUAUGCACAUUUAUAUUAUUUUUUUGACGCCAUCAACAAAUUUAAACUGUUGCGUGAAAGAUAUACAUACAUGUAUUGCUUUUGCACUCAUCUGGUGGCAAAUCAUUCCUUCACUAAAGUUUUUAUCCAAAGAAAGGGUAUGUUUUUAGUUUAAGAAAGGUUUUUUAUUCGUGAAUAAUGUUGAACUCUACCCGUCAGUGCACUUUUGUUUAGGGUUUUCAGUCUAUAAGCUUGAUACUUUCCAUAUAAAGACAAACACAUGUUCCUUUAUGCCACUAAGAAAAUAACGUAUGGGGCUCAUAAAAUGUUGCAACGGAUGCGGACUGUGUUGUAUACUUAACCGGUUGUAUUUUUGAACAGACUGAUACGAUGCAAUUCAAAUGCUCAUUGUACAGUCUUAAAAAUCACAUAAUCAGAAACUGUUUUAAAACCAAAGGCUACCAUUUAUUGGGACAUAAAUCUUAAAGGAGACAUAAUUGGCUACCGAAUAAGUACAGAAAACAAUGUUUUUAUGAAGGCUUUCUAUAAAAUACACUUGAAUUUAUAAGGCAUCCGAAUUCAAUAGAGAAAAUGGAUAUUAAUUAUGUAAUCAUUUUUUGCUGAGCGCGGUUUUCGCAGACGGCCGAGAGGAAGUUCAUUCAAAAGCUUACAUCUCGGCGUACCUGAAAUAUCACGGGGUUAUGCCACAGAAUGAUUAAUAUUACAGCCCCGUUUAAGCACUCCUUCCUGAUCGAGACCACAGUCACCGCUCCCUAAACGCACCAUGCUCCAGAGACAAGACAGAGUCGGAUCGACUGGAGAUGAGGGGCCCGUGAAUCUUAAUCUUUUUAAGCUUCCUUGAGGGACCCUUGUAUCUCCCGUACUUGGAGACUGUGAAGAUCACAUAUAGAAGGAUCUGUUGCAGUCUGAUCCCCAAAAUUGCGCAGAAUCGAGUUAUUCCUCCAUAUAGCAACUAUCCGGCUGCCAGCGCAUCGCAGAAGGCUCAAACGUGCUUGAUUUCUUUUACUGCGAAAUGCCAUGAGGAUGGAUUUGUUCGCAUGAUCAGCCUCACCCUUUUCUUCCUCUCCUAGGCACCACUGGCCAAUCCGAGCUUACCGGCUAGCUGGUGCUGAGAUUGUAAGCAGUAAGUCCUCCGUUGAUGGUGUGCCGUAUAGAAUUACGAUAGGACUACAGAAAUCACGCGGAAUCAGCACAGUCCAACCAAUCGGAUUCUCGUUUACAGCUAGUGCAUCAGCAAUGCGUCCCACUUGAAAGAUGAAUAAACACGCAUACAUGUACCAAGCACGACUUCUACCCCUACAGUCGCCUUUACUCGUCAUCCGCAGCCCGUUCGCCAACUGCAGACUGGUAUAUGAUAGGCUAUGGUGGGAGCGUGUUCAUCGAUCGAUUACGGGACGUGAUCGUCCUGUUAUGCGCUGGGACUCAGGCCAGAGUUCACGAGGGCAGUCGCAUAGUGGUAAUCAAGGUAUGCGUUCGACUCAGUGGCCAAAGAUCCUGGGUCCCAGCCGCACCGAACAUGGGGUUGGAUAUGGUUGCCUGAUGGUGGUUAAACAGUUAGAACUGGCCACCUCAGUCCGCUUGGGCUCUUUCGCUACUCCUUUCAAUUUAUGGCAGAAUUCCCAUUCACCGCUGCACCUAAUUACGAGUGACUAUACCGAAAUUUGGUGACCCGACGUGAUAAUGAAAAGCCAACCACCGGAGUUAAUUUAAGCCAAUUGUUAUGCAGUUCCCAUCUCGAAUUCCUGUCCCAAGCCCUCCGUGUCACCAUUUUGCCCAUGGAAUAAACGUGAUCUUCUACAUCUCGUCCAACCGAAAUGGUUGUUGCCGGCACAAAUCUGGUCGACAAGUCGAUGAGUGUAAAGUGAACCCGUAAGUAGACAUCACUGUCGAUAGUUAUCUCUUCUCUUUCCGGAUGCUUCUCUUUCAAUCGAUUCCAGUGAGCUCUAGGCAUUCGAGGUGCUCUGAAGUCUAUUCUGACUUUGAAGAUUUCACGACAGUAAACUCCCAUCGACGAAUUUGUCCGAGUCUGUAUUCACUGCGCUUCACCCACCUGCAUCUCUCCGAAGGCCGAGGCACUAGUUCGUCGGUCGGUUCGAGAAACAGACUAUCAGCAGCCCUCUCUGAGUAUGCCGACGUUGUCCAGCCUGUCGACCUCUUCACUCCGUUUGACGUUUAGGAUUGAAGGGGCUGGGGGCAUUCACUAUUAGUUAGGAUUUUGAUUCAGAAAAAUUAUAAGACGCUGGGUGACCUUGUUUCGUUUGCGUCCGAAGUUUAUAUCUUGCCCAAGCGGACGCAACCGUCCAGAUAAACAAAGUGCGCGUGAAGGUGAACGGCCAACCAAGUCAGUCGAUUAAUGGGUACUUUAAGCAGUUUGAAUUUGAGCGAAGAGUCGGUUCGUACCGCGCAGUGUAACCAGUGCCGAGGUGGCAUCACUUCAGAGUUUUUUUUUCGGAAUGAACGCCUUUCAUUACUGUCUCGUUUUUCACCGAUAAAAGCAACUUGGUUUUGCGACCGCGGUGGUUGGCUUACACCGCUUGACCUUGACCGCCCCGAUAGUGACACUAGUAGUGGCUGUGGUAAGGUAGCGUUGGUGCAACAGUGGUAUGCCAAAGUCAAAUGUCAUUCAUUUUCUUUGGAUGCGAGGAACGAUAUAUCAUGGCUCGUUGCGUACUCUAUUUCGUGCUCAGGUCUGCUGUCUUCUCCAUAUUUUGACUGAAAUCCAAUGAUUGUAGAUUGUAGUUCUUUCUUCCUAAUGAUAACGCACUACUGACCGUUCAAUGCGGUACCUCGACUGUCGUGACUGACAACGCUCACCGUGUGCUUCACAGCAGGAUGAGAACAGAGACGGUGGUUUGCGCGUGCUUCCUUUAUGGUGAUGGGCUUGCGCUGUAUCUACUGCACUCCCACCUCUUCCCCCACCUGGGUCCGGUGUCAAGACAUAGUCAAGGAGGCCGGAAAUGGGGGAGGGCGUAGGGGACUGACAUGGCGAAAACCUGCACCUAGGCGUACCACCACAGCCCUCGUCCACGACAUUAACUGACCAGCAUUUUAUACAACAGGAAAAGUCGGUAAGAUGAGACGGCUCUCAAUGAGUGCGGCCUGAGCCUGCACGUGGGCGUUCUGCCAUAGCCCCCAAUGUUGACUUUUGUUAUGGAUAUGUAUUCCAGAUAACGCCAAACGGACUCCGAUCUAGCCCCUGUGUUGGUCGUAGCCCGUUCCAAACUCAUCGUUCUAUGCAAAAACGUAAACAUGAUGGGUAACUGUAAAAUCCAUAUCAUGGUAAAUGCAUCACCAUUCAGACUUAUGUCUAUGAAAGUGGAUUUUUGGUUCAUCCGGAUGACGUUGGCAUAAAACUGAAGCUGUAGAUCAUUUGCGCACGCCAUCCAGCCCCUCAUACUAGUCCUUAUCAAGGUCAAAAGUUACCUCCUGAAGGUGGCGUCACUGACAGUGCAAUCUCAAGGUCCAAUCAACAGACAUGUCUUACUUUGAUGCGCCGUGGACUUUUAUGCUACACUAAAGCACAGUGAACUUACUCUACCGCUCUAAAUCCAGCCGUCAAGGGUGUCGGUUACACCCACGCCCUCUUUCCGUCUAAACUGCGGUACUUAAAUGCGGAUUUGUGGGGUACACCUCACAAAAGCAAUCAUGUGAUGCAUGAAAACGAAACCAUCGCCCAGGACCCGAUAGUUUAAUGCAAGUAAUUGUUGUGUUUCAAGUUGGUGGUGCACUCGGGGAGGACACAAAUCAUUAGGGGGUCGAUGCCUUGCGACAUGGUGCCCUUGCUUCCCGAAGUGAGUUUUGACGCAUUCGAGUGCUUCUCUUGACCCACCUAUGGGACACUCGGCGGCCUCCGUGGGAGUCGAACGCACGACUGCAAGGACAAGACUUGAACACAGUCAACGUUCCAAACACCCGAUCCAUGAAGCUACAGUUUGGUCGGAUACAUAGUUUAAAUCUUCCAAAAGCUAAUAAAUUAAGCGAGCCUGGUAGUUAUCUGGCGGAUUCUAAAUUGACUGCAUAGGAAAUCCAGCAUGGAUAGUCAGCUUUAUUUAACAACAUUGUUAGGUUUCAUAUGUUGUAAUAGGUUGGACGGGUAAAUUGACCCAAAUGUCAUUAAUCACACAGCCCUCGAUCGGGACCUCAUAGUUCAGGAGGUUUGAGCAUUGGGUGUAAUCAAGCCUUGUCCUUGCUGUCGUGGGUUUGAUUCCUACUGAAGUAGCUUGGUCUUUUGAGACUAGGUCAGUUGAACUACUCACAUCCGCGCUCAGCCCAUGUUUAAGGCAGUUCCUUGUUCAAGUGAAUUUACCAGUGUCUGAUCAGCUGGUGGGCAACCCUUCAGGCUUUGCAAACGAAGCUCGCGGGAUGAUCAGUACUUUAGGGACGACCGUCGGGUGUGUCUAUUUGUGUCCGUCUCCUUCCAAGGCCAUUCAAUUCACUAUCCGCGUCCUGCCCUGGGGAGGGGCGUGGGGUUCUGGUGAGUCGUCGACCCCGGCCACGGUACGGCUGUCGCGACCUUUGUCGGCGUUUUCGGGCUUCGAGCUCGUCUCCUCGGUGAAGUUGCCCAUUACUCGGCUGUUCUCAUAAAGCCGCGAAUUCUUGACGUAGCCGGAUGUGUCAGUUCAUCGAGUGGUCGUCCUACAGCCAGACCUUCCGUAGCUGUCCUCAGCAUGGUUGCGGCUUUCCCUCGUUGAGCAAUGUUUCCCCUGGGCUCCCAGUGGCCCGCUGACAGCGGAACACAAAAUCACCUCGUCGCCAACAGUCCUCUACUCACUGACCUCACACUUUCAAUCUCUGAGAAAAGCAAAAUGCCUAACACCAGAAUGCUCACGGCGAACCCUUAGGCACGCUGUUGCAUCAUGCGAAAGCACAGAAUCGGCGAAACUCAUGCCAGUGCUGGGAGCGUGACAAAUCACUAUUCGGCGAGGUUCGGUUCUGCAGCCCCACUUUUUGAUACCAUAUGGUUGGCUACUAAAACAAUUUUAGUAGGCGCGAUUACAGUGUCUUCGCAUAUUUCACGUGUUUACUAUUUUAAUCCAGCGAGUGACUGUGCCACAGGGGAGGAGUUUUUAUACGCCAGUCGCGGCUACAACAGGUAUCAGUACACACGCGCUUCCCUGCGCGUGCUUCGACCCCUGCUUGCGCCCUCUCUAUUAUCUCAAUCCAGCGAGUGGCUAAGUAAGCUCGCUAAUGUCAUCGUUUCGGUGGUAUGCAACUCCAUCGGUUCCGCUAUAGCGUCCACGCACUGCGAAGUAACGCGUGGGCCCCUUUAUGGCCUUCCAGUUGUGAUCGCACCCAUCUUAUCCUCUUGAUCCAGCGAGUGGCUGUGUCGGUUAUACCAAACAUCGGUUCAUAUGCACCUCCCUGCGCGUGUUUCCAGCUCCGCUUGUUCUCUCUUUCUCUUCCUAAUCCAGCGAAUGGCUAAGUUAGGUAUGUUAACUAAAAUUGCUUUAGGAAGCUAACCAUUCAGUGAAUGACCGAUCUCAUGAAAUGUUGGCUGAAAUUCUGAACUGCGUCUUCGAUUAGGGAGGAUUACCUAGGCGCGGUUGUAAUACUGAAUGUCUUACGGCAUAAUUUUAUAAUAAUUUGGACUCGACAGGAUGUCAGCUUUAAAAUACACUUCUUUUUAAUCUCCUGUUGAAACUGCACUCGGCAAAAAAUGACUACUUUAGAAGCAUGCUUUUUUUCCCAUUGAUUUUCGUUGGCCGUGCAAAUUCAAGUAUAUGCUAUAGAAACCAUAAACAAAAUAUGCUUUUUCUUAUUCAUUUGAUAGAGAACUCCGUCUUCUUUAUAUUUUAUACUCGAAGAAGGAGUAUAAUUAGGUUUUGAAAAAGUUUUUUAAUUGCCAAAUAAUUUGGAGCCUGAUCAUUUGUUGCACAAGCGCUCAGCGAUUUCAGUCUACAAGGUGCAUGCGUUCCGCGUAAAGAAAAUCACGUAUUUUCCUAUGCCCUUAUAAAGAUGUCAAACAGAGUCCAUUAAAUUUUGCAAUGAAUGCGGACUAUGUUGUACAUUUCAUGAGGAGUUGUGGUAAGCGGACAGGUACGAUGCUAUCUGAAUGGACACUGCGCGGCCUUGAAAAAUCUCCUAAUUAGAGACUUUUUAAAACCUAAUUAUACUCCUUCGUCAAGCAUAAAAUAUAAAGAUGAUGUAAUUAUCUAUCAAACGACUACUGACUGUCUGUUGGCAGAAGGUGAAUAUUUCACAAUUAUUACGCUAUGACUGACAAAUGUCAACCCAAAUAUUCACAUAAACUCUUGGAUUGCACGUUAGACGGUUUGUGCUGAAAACCAUACUCCAAUAUUUCCCUCAAAUUCCCGUGGAAUUUAAAAAACCUGGCAUAAGUCAUAAUUCUCUCCGCAAUGUUAGGCAUGGGCGGACAUCCCUCAAAUCUCUCUCUACUCCAUCCCUUGUGAUUGGUUGUUUUCUUGCAUUUUACUGCUCUGCCGCGGCAUUUCAUUGCACAGAAUUUAUGAUUACUAAUGCGGAACGUAUGGUGACCGAUUUUGAUUUCUUUUAAAUUGUUAUAAAUCCAACUUAUUCAGAAUGAACUAUUUUUUCCUCAAAAUCACCAGCCCUUAUCCUCUCGACGUACUCGGCUGCGCUAACCGAGAUAGGCAAAUCAGAGCAGUCCUUCGUUUCGGAAGCACAAAAUGGAAUUUUGACAACUCUGAAUACCUUUAUUAAAAAGCAGUGGCCAGAAAUUCAGGUUAGUCAAAUUACUGAGAUUAAACCCACAUGUCUUUUCAAUUAUCUUACGAAAAACGCUUUACCUGGAGUGCAUCAUUGUGUUUGACAUACCCGGAGCAGUCGCUUUAAUGUCGCGUUAAGCACUGUUCGUAACCGGUAUAAAGAAUGACCCCACUUAAUUGUCCGUAGACUGCGGAUCGUGCCAUAAGUGAUGUAUGA